GCCCGUGCCCGUGCCCGUCCUCGUCCUGUCCUCGGCCUCGGCCCCCGGGACCUCGGCGGCAGCCUCCACCCCCCGCCGGCAGGGUGCCCAUGAGCUCUCCGUCGGCCCACCCCGAGGCUGCUCUACCGCAGCACCCGCCUGCUCCGCACGGCCUUCCAGCACCUCCACCAGCAGCAGCAGCGAGCGGAUGUCUUCUGUGAUGCUGUCCUGCAGGCUGAAGGCGAGGCGGUGGUGGCCCACUGCUGCGUCCUCUCUGUCUGCAGCCCCUUCUUCAUGGAGCGGCUGGGCCGGGAGCUGCCCCCCCGGGGUCACAGGGUGGUGCUGGAGCUGGCGGGGCUGAAGAUUGGGGCGCUGCGCAAGCUGGUGCGCUUCCUCUACACCGCCGAGCUGGAGGCCACGCGGGAGGAGGUGCAGGAGGUGCUGGCAGCUGCCCGCCGCCUCCGCGUCACGGAGCUCGAGUCACUGCAGCUCCAGGGGGGACGCCUGGUGAGGCCAGGACCCCAGCGGCAGCUCGACCGCUCCUGCCUGCGCCCUCCCCAGCGCGGCUCCCCCCCGGCAGUGGGUGGCAGGGCUGAGCCCGGCGGUGCCGGUGUCCCCCCUGGGAGCAGCGAUGUCUCCCCGCGGGGGCGGCCAUGCUCUCUGGGGACCCUGCGCCCCAGCCCUGGCCCUGUGGGGCGGGUGAAGCUGCGGAAGGUGGAGAGCGGGGGGUGCUGGGAGGUGGUACAGGAGAAGCAGCCCCCCACCGCGCCCAGCGCUCUGGCAGCAGGUGACAUAGGGGCAUUGGAAUCACAGCCCCCCCCGGGUGCAGGUGCACUGGGGCGAGCGGGCAGGCGCUCCUCCCCCCGGCGGCCCCCCCGGGCAGCCUGGAGGAAGCAGGGCCGGGUGCCUCCCGCCCCCCAGCAGGGCUGCAGGCAGGUGAUGUCGCUGGGGAACCCCCCAGGUGACCCCGAGGAGGAAGAGGUGGAUGUGGGAACGGUGGAGCCGUGCCUGCCACCCGGCACCAUCUGCAUCUGGCCCUGCCCCUCAUCCGACUCGGAUGAGGAGGUGGACAUCCUCACCUAGGGGGACCGGCUCUGCCCCCCCCACCGCUGCCUGCACUCAGGGCAACGCAGGCAGGGCUGCCCUCACCCCAGGCAAAGAGGCUGUGCGGUAUUGAAAUAAAGUGUUGGAGCU